AUGCGAGCCUCUGCCGAUCACCGGACCAUGGAAGGUGUAUGGACCUGUCAGUUUUGCACUGCUGUCUUCCAUCGCUUAGACCAUCACAAGCGACACACAGCCACCCACAGCGCGGAGAAGCCCUUUAAAUGUGGAUUUUGUGGCUCUCAGUAUAAACGAGGAGAUGUUCUGCGGCGACACUGGAAAUCUUGCUCGGUUCGUAUACGCACCGGCCAGGCCAUCCCAUGGCCUCGAAUCGGCGGUAAAGAACGACAUGCAUGUGAUGUCUGCGCGAAGUUAAAGAAGUCCUGCGAUGGGGGGCAGCCUUGCAUCGAAUGUUCCACUCGGAGGAGGCCCUGCACAUAUCUGCGGCUCCAGAGUAGUGGGGGACUCCCACUCAGGCAGGCCACCGAUUCCAGUGUCCUGACCCCGGGGCAAAUCUAUCCAGAGUCGGCCCAUCCAAUGCCCAUUCCGGAACUCUCCACAUGGAGUCUUGGGCCUCAGAAUUUCUAUCCGGAUCAAGUGGCUCGCCUGAGGGCUCAGAUACUACGCAAUCGUGCUUAA